GGAGGUUACCACAGGACACUGCUGCCUGUACCGCUGCUGGACCUCCACAGUAGCAGCGGCGGCGGCAGUGAGAGCUACACAAAGCCGAGCUGGGAUAUCUCCUCGACCUACCUACCGCCGACAGUUUUACCUCUGGAUAUUGAGCUUCUCGGACACAUGCAAGUUCAGACUCAUACAUGUCUGCGUUCAUGAGUCAGGGCUGUGUUUUAAGCUGGUGGCACCGGAGCGAGCAGGAGCAGCGCGUUUCCACCGACUGGACCUUUCCACUUUUCGGCGUAAGCUACAUUCAUUCCCAGUAUGUGCGGAUUUAAGACCAACGGCGCUGGUUGUGACAUUAAAGAGACUGUCAGCGACACGGGUCGUUCGCCUGUCUGGAUACGAUGAUUAGCAACCAUAUGACAGUUACACAAUACGUUUUAGCGACUAUAAAAACACAGUGAGGGGGCUGCUAAUGCUCCCGACGCAGGACCCGUGUUAGCUGUUUACACCGAGGUCGCUGUGAACUCGAACACUAAUACACACCACAUGUGUGUGUGUUUCUGUAUUAGUGUUUAACAUUACACGGUUUCGGUUGCCCUCUUUCUUUCUUUCUUUUGAAACAUUUUGUGUCACAGACCAACGAGGGCUGUAACUCCACCAGCACCACAGUUAACUGGUGACACUUGUGGCUUUUGAACUGUAAACAGAAAAAAGCGGCGGUGAAGUUUGACAGUAAACUGCCUGAGCUCCUUCCAAGGGCUGAGAGGUCACCUGGACAGGUCAUUUCUUCUUCUCCAAUCCUCCUCCUCCUCCUCCUCCCUUCAGUCUGUUAUGAAGAUGUGAACUCCCUCCCGUCCCAUUUUCUCCUCCUCCGCCGUUCAGGACGCUUUGGUUUUUUUGUUUUUUUUUUCCCCCUCAAUCUGGUACAAAGGGAUCAAACGCGAACCCCGUCCCGGGGAUGUACGAAAGUGUGGAUGUUGUGGGUUUGAGCCCCAGCCCCAGCCGCAGCAGCCCCAGCCCCGGCUCCUUCCUGAGCAUGGACUACUACCACAGACCCCCGGGGCUCGUGGCGGAGAAAGGACUCCUGCCCGGCGUAGGAGGACUCCAGCGUCCCUUCGGAGGGUCCCUGAUGACCGGCAGGCAGUGGAGCGGAUCCUGCCACUCUAUAGAGACCGAGAGCACGAGUUCAGGGGAGGACCUGCUGGUCCCCAGCCCCCCCUCACCUCCGCCUCCACCCCGCAUCUACAAGCCCUGCUUUGUAUGUCAGGACAAAUCUUCAGGAUACCACUAUGGGGUCAGCGCUUGUGAGGGCUGCAAGGGCUUCUUUCGGAGGAGCAUCCAGAAGAACAUGGUGUACACAUGCCACCGAGACAAAGUCUGUGUCAUAAACAAGGUGACGAGGAAUCGGUGUCAGUCCUGUCGACUGCAGAAAUGCCUCGACGUCGGCAUGUCCAAGGAGUUGGUGCGAAAUGACCGAACAAAGAAGAAGAAGGAGGAGAAGAGGCAGGGGGAGGCAGAGGUCUAUGUUCUGUCAGCAGACACAGAGCAGAUGAUUGAGCGAGUUCGCCGGGCUCAUCAGGACACGUUUCCCUCCCUCUGUCAGCUGGGAAAAUACACCACGAACAACAGCGCAGAGCACCGUGUCUCGCUGGAUGUCAGUCUCUGGGACAAGUUCAGCGAACUGUCCACCAAAUGCAUCAUUAAGACGGUGGAGUUCGCGAAGCAGCUGCCGGGCUUCACAACGCUGAGCAUCGCUGAUCAGAUCACCCUGCUCAAAGCCGCCUGCCUCGACAUACUGAUUCUGAGGAUCUGCACUCGUUACACCCCGGACCAGGACACCAUGACUUUCUCUGACGGUUUGACCCUGAACCGCACGCAGAUGCACAACGCUGGGUUCGGACCUCUCACAGACCUCGUGUUCUCCUUCGCCAACCAGCUGCUCCCGCUGGAGAUGGACGAUGCAGAGACGGGAUUACUCAGCGCCAUCUGCCUGCUCUGUGGAGAUCGUCAGGAGCUGGAGGAACCAGAAAAGGUGGAUGUUCUUCAGGAGCCAAUGCUAGAAGCCUUGAAGAUCUAUGUAAGGAGGCGGAGACCCGAUAAACCCUGUAUGUUCCCCAAAAUACUGAUGAAGAUCACUGACCUCAGGAGCAUCAGUGUGAGAGGAGCAGAGCGAGUGAUCACUCUGAAAAUGGAGAUACCGGGCUCCAUGCCUCCUCUCAUCCAGGAGAUGCUGGAGAACUCUGAGGGUCUGGAGGGGCAUGGGGCUGGGGGAGAGAAAGGAGGGGGAGGAGGGAAAGGUAGAGGAGGAGGCAGAGAGGAGGACCAAACAGACCUCGGGAGCUGUCAUCCAAGUCCGUCGUCCAAAUCGGUCCCUUCUCCCAGCCCGAGCUCCGCACCCAGCUCCCCUUCUUCUCCCUCGCCCUCUACCUGAAGUUCUACACUCAGCACCUCUGCUCCACACAGCGCCACCCCAGUGGCCAUGGUGUGGUACUGCAAGAAAAAAAAAAAAAAAUCAAACAUCCACAUGGCAGA